UUAUUCAUCUCGAACAUUUAUUCACAGAUGAAAUAUUAACGAGGGGAAACAUUGUUCUCCGGAUGUAAGCAUAGCGUUUGUCUCGCGCGCAUUUCCAGCGAAGCACGAAAGAAAAAUUUCAGGGGGGCGAUGCGCGAUAAGUAGUACAAAUUUGUCAUGGCGGUAGAGAAUCGCGGUAAAAAAUUUACAUGUUAAAAUAUUAGCUUAGAGUACAACGUUUGUGAUAUCUUUGCAAGCGGCGCAAAACGUCUAGCUGACAGAGAGAUCACGGGGUACAGAUUGUUUACCCAACGACAAGUAAUAUGAGUAUAAAGGGACAGUCGGAUCGUGCAACUCGAUUAUUUCGUUAAAAUAUCUCGGAAUGUUACUGCGUGCGUUAUGGUUCAUUGGCGUGUUCAUUGUUUCCAUCGUUCUCGAGUUCUUCACCCUUGGCUCGCCUGUCAUCGAUACAUCAGUUACUUCGAAAGAACAGAAAGUCUUCCUCGAUUGCCAACACAGUGAUUAUAGAACCUACAUACAAUGUCUCAAGAGACAAAAGAGGCAUCAUUUCGAUCAUGGAGAAAUACAUGCAGGAUACGAUCAUGAAUGUAUAGAAUCAUGUUUGAAAAAAUGUGAUUUCGAUUGCGACAUAAUAUGUAAGCACUGUAUAAGAAAAGCAAAGCAUAAACACCAAAUAAUUACAGAAUAUGAAACUGAAUGUGUUUCUGACAAAUGCACAGAAAAGAAGAAGGAAGAGUUACCAAAUGCCAAUAUUACCACUAACAUUAAUAUUCAUAACAUUGUUAAUGGAACGGAACGUCUAUCAUGUUGUGAUUCAGAAACUGUGUGUCCACCAACAACUACAUGCCCACAAUCCCCGCCUAACAUUCCUAAUGAUAUUCAUAAAAUUAACGAAAGUCUACUAUGUUGUUAUUCAAGAACUUCGUGUUCACCAACAACUGUGUGUCCGCCUCUAUUUUUUCCGCCUCUAUCACCUCCACCUCUAUCACCUCCCCCUCUAUCACCUCCACUUGCAUUACCUCCACCUCUAUUACCUCCGCCUCUAACACCUCCGCUCACACCACCAUCUCCGCCUCUAUCAAUAUGUCCUCCACAAACAUGUUACCCUUAUAAUUUUAUGUAUGGUCAAAGCAAUUUUGGAUGUCAAUAUUGGAAUUUAUAUCCUUGCAUUCAACCUUGGUCAAAUCCAGUAGAACCAAUUGAUUGUUCCGGUUGUGGUUAUAAUUAUAGGUGUCAUGCUUAUUGCUAUUAUACAACAUAUAAUACAAUCAAAUCUUCUCAAAGUUGUAAAAGUCCAUAUUGCGUGGGUGGUACUUAUGGACAAUGA